UUGCUUCUUUCCGUUCGGCGCUUUGCUUUAUCAUGUGAUCAGUUUACAUUAUCCAUCCUUCUCUCUAUAUAUCUUCCCCUUUCGUCUUAGGUUUCAUCUUUACAAUUCAGAUCCAAGUUCGUGCAAUCACAAGUCCUAGUAAUAAUUCUUCUCACAAGGAGGGAAUUCCAUGCGGAUCGUUUGAACUGGAGCAAGAUCUUCACCACUUAAUUUAUUUGGUUACCUUUUCAAGAAAUGAGCAAAUGCACAGGCUGUGGGAAAUUAGAAAGAAUGUUAGUUCCAAGAGACAAUUUAUCAAGUGCUUAUCAAUACUCUCUUAUACUAGAUCCAGCUAUAUCCUUUUGGGAUUGUCUUAUUCGUAAGAUGAGAUAUUCUUUCACAUCUGAGUGGGUGUAGGAUAAAAAAAAAAGUUCACAUUUUUAGUACUAGAUAGAUACUACAUAAUAGCAAGUAAACAAGACACAACUAUAUAGAGAAUAGUUUUUUUUUUUUUUUGACAUAAGGUAAAUUAUAAAGCCAUGGAUAGUGGUAAAUCCGUUUCUGGUUUACGAAAGGGGAAGAAAAAGAAGGUGAAAGACGAAUUAGAUCGUAUCAAACAAGCAGAAAAGAAAAAGAGGAGAUUGGAGAAAGCCCUUGCCACCUCAGCAGCCAUUAUUUCAGAGCUUGAGAAGAAGAAACAGAAGAAGAAAGAAGAGCAACAGAGGCUGGAUCAAGAGUGUGCUGCCAUAGCUGAAGCUGUCGCGAUGCAGGUUUUGAGUGAAGAAGGCCCAGAUGAUGAUGCUACACGUGGCAGCAGCAGCCAUCAUCAAGGGUUUUACAGAAAUCGAAAUGAAGAAUUUGGGUGGAUUUUGAAUGCUCAUGGAGGAUCGAGAUGUGAAUGGAAUGGAUAUGGGCAUGGGUGUGGUGAUGACGUGUCAUCUGCAGUGGGACAGAUGGCUGCACAUGCUGUUUCAUCUCUUCGUAUUACAGAUGAUGAAGAUAUGAAUGCGUUUGUAUUUAAUAGAAUGGUGAGAGGUUGAGGGGUUGAAAUUGAAUGAACUCGUUUCAUAGAUAAUAAUGUUUUUACUUUUUAUGGUAUAUGUAUAUAUUUUUAUCA